AUGCUCGACGCCGCCGGGCACCAGCCGCUCACGGAUGAGAAGGUGUGGAUCGUGCAGAUCGCCGCCGCGAUCGCGCAGGACGCGCAGCACCGCCUGGACUUCCAGACGCUGUCGAACGCCCUGAUCCUCGCGGCGCUCUUUCUCGCCGCCUGGGGGCUUUCCUACCGCGCGGCCGGCGCGGUGGAGCUCGCGCUGGCCGCGAAGAACACCCACGCCAUCCUCCACCUCUACGGACGGGUGAUGGAGGAAAGCGACAGCCCGGAGGCGCAGCGGUGGAAUGCCCUCCAGCGCGCCCUGCACAUGAACGACUCCUUCGCCAUCCACGCCGACGACUUUGCCCGGAUUCGCGAGGAGCUUUUGGCGACCUCGACGCUGCUCGGGCAGGCCAUCCUGCCGGAGCCGGAGAUGAAUUUCGUGCUGAACACCGGCGGGACGCUACCGGAGCCGUCGCCGAACCUCAUCCCGGACGGGGUUUGUCUUUCCAUUUUGCUCGCCAGCGACGAGCCGUGUGGGACAGGGGUGGAUUACGGCAUCCCGUCAAGCCGGUCGAUGUGUAUGGUCGUCCUACACCAUCCGGACGGCGGCCUCGACGCCCGUCUGCGGUACACCGACGCCGCGGUGUUUCGCGAUCUCGCGCUGGAGCUGAAACGCCUCAAGCAAUCCAUGCGCGAGGCGAUGUCGCGGACGGAACCCAAGGCGGGGAUUUCCACCUCGAAAGACGGCGGCUGCGCGAUGAGCGCGCUUGGCGAUUUCCUCGCGCGCCUGGAGCAGGCCCUUGGGCCGCUUCUCGAGGCCUUCGAGCCGAGCCUCGCCGUCUUGUGCGCGAAGAACACGCUCUACCUCUGCCUCGACCCGCUCCUCCAGCCGCUCCCGGUGGAGCAUCUGGGCUUCUUCGCCAAGUUCCCCAGCGUCUCGCGCGAGCUGAGCGUGUGGUCGGUGAUGCGGAAAAACGGGCCGAAGUCGAUCAAACCCUCCUUUACCCCCGCCUUGCAGGUGAUUGACCCUUUUGCCGACCACCCCGCCUCCCUCGCGCUUUUCGCGACGAACGAGCACGCCUUAUCGAAGGCCCAGGUGGAUGUCCUGAGCUGCACGCAGGAAAAGCACCCCCUGGCGCCCGCUUUUCUGAGGUAUAAACUGCAAUCCACCGCGUAUAACACCUUUGUGUUUAACGGCUGUGGGGCCUUCACCGCGGUCUUCACCCCGGCCAUCUUGGCGACCGCGCAGCUUCGCCAGAUGCAGAAUAUGGUGAUCGUUUUCGACGCGAUUACGCCCUCCUCCGAGCGGCGCGAGCAGCGCGCGCGGCAAUCGCACGACGCCCCGUCUUCCGCCGGGGGAUUAACCCCCCCGCACGUCCCCCAGGAGGUGGAGAUGUGGGAGCUUUCGCUCUUUCUGCUCGCGAGCGGGGUGCGGUUUCUGAUCACGACGUGGUGCCCUUCACUUCCGGAGGAGCACGACAUCUUGUGCAAGAAAAUGACCGUCGCCCUCAUCCAAGGCCGCGGGACCGCGGGCGAGAAUGCCUAUGGCGGGAAAAUCCCCAAAGACUCCAAACGCGAUUUCAGAAUUCUACUUUAUGGCGGAAAGGGCGCGGCCACACGGGGGCGAUAG